CCAUAGGCCAUAGCGUACCUAUCAACUUGUAUCAUCGCCACAACCAAAGGUUACAGGAAAGAGAUAGAAAGAGAGUCAGUGAGAGAGAGAAUGCGAAGCACAACGCUCUCUUCAGAGAGCGUGUUAUUGAGGGCGACAAAUCCACUGCCAUUGUCUUAUACAUGUUCUAAGCCUUUCAAAUUCUUCAACUUCAGAAGAAAUUCACUUCUCUUUCAUCGCACCCCAAGCCUCUUUCUCUCCAGGUAUUCAGGAUGGCAAUGCAUAAACAAAGAUGAUGGGCGGUUCAGGCACUCUUCAUGUAGUGAUUGUCCUAAUUUGCAUGAUCAAGAGCUCAUGUUCCUUAAUUGCAACAGUGGCAAAGCUGUAAAAGUGGUGUACAAUAUGAACGACUGUAGUACAUCAGACAAAUCCAGUGCAAAGGAUUAUUCAAGAAAGAAAAAUCACAUACCUGCGGAUGUCCCAGUUUUAGAUACGCCAUUCUUUUCUUAUCUAAAGUUUGCACUGUUCUGUGGGUUUUUUACUCUUCAAGGCACUCAGCAGGCAGUUGCUAGUUCAGAUUUUGCUAGUGGAUUUCAGUCGAUUUCCUUUCUAGAGGACCUUGGCGAUUUUAGCACAGGUUUUGCUUCAGCAUUCUUGCUGAUAUUUUUCUCUGAACUAGGGGACAAAACCUUUUUUAUUGCGGCACUUUUAGCAGCCAGGAACUCUGCUGCUGUCGUUUUCAUUGGGACUUUUGGCGCACUUGGGGUAAUGACGACAAUAUCUGUUGUUAUUGGUCGUACUUUUCACUAUGUUGACGAUAUCCUUCCAUUCAGAUUCGGUGAUGCUGACUUGCCCAUUGAUGAUAUUGCUGCAGUUUGUCUUCUGGUGUAUUUUGGGGUUUCAACAUUGCUUGAAGCUACCUCCAGCGAUAGUCAAAGGGCAGAAGAUGAACAGAAGGAGGCAGAGUUGGCAGUUUCAGAACUUUCAGGUGAUGGUGCUGGGAUUUUGGCUGCUGCUAACACAAUCAUAAGCACUUUCCUGCUAGUUUUUGUUGCUGAAUGGGGUGACAAAUCAUUUUUCUCCACAAUAGCACUUGCUGCAGCCUCUUCACCACUUGGAGUCAUUGGGGGAGCACUGGCUGGUCAUGGAGUUGCAACUUUGCUUGCUGUUUUGGGAGGUUCUUUAUUGGGCACUUUCUUAUCUGAGAAGGUUAUUGCAUAUAUGGGAGGUACCCUUUUUCUCAUCUUUGCUGCAGUAACAUUGGCCGAGAUUGUGACUUAGGGAUGAGCACAUUUUUUCUUCCUCAGACAGCAAAUUUUGUAAGCUUCUAUUAAGUCAUUCGAACAAACAGCAUUUGCUUCUAUAUGUUGAUUACUUCAGAUACUUUGAUUCCACCUAGAGAAUUUAUGGUGAGUGGGGCAAU